CCCGCCCUCCCGUGAGGCGGCCGCGUUCCCGCCCUCCGCGUUGCCAUGGCGCCGCGCUGGCGCUGCAAAAUGGCGGCCGGGCGGCCGCCGUAGCGCCAUGGGGGUUGCCGGCAUCGGGGCGCCGCUGCUGCUGCUGCUGCUCUUGCGGGCGGCUCCCUGCCCCGGGCAGCUGGCCGGGGACACCGUCUUUCAGCCUUCGUUUAUUCAUAUGUCAGGGCCCAGAGUCAAUUCAUUUUUUCUUGGCCAUUCUUCAGGAGUUAAUUUUUCUAUAAUUUUAAGUCCUAGAGAUGCAGAGACAGGAAAAUUGCAACUUGCAAAUUGCAGCGGAAGUAAAAGAGUGGGAGAUUGGAAUUUGGAUGUAACUCCUGGUGUGAACACUUCCAAGGUGACUGUAAGCCUCAACAGAACUCUGGAGCUGUGUUUGCCCAAUGCCACCGAGUGCUGCCCCUCACCUCUGUGUGUGGUGGAAACACUCCAGGUUUUAGCCUGCCGUGGUUCAGUGAUGCUGGCACAGCUCCUGAUUCAAGCUGAAAUAUUUGCCAACUCUUCCUUUGCAGGAAAUGUGUCAGAAAAUGCAACUAUCAUCCCAAACCAAGCAUUUAAGCCCUUGGGCUCUUGUCCUUGUAAUUUAACAGCUGGAGCUUGUGAUAUUCGUUGUUGCUGUGAUCUGGAGUGUACACCAGACUUGCAGCAGUUAUUCAAUGGAUCAUGUUUCACUGGAGUGUUUGGUGGGGAUGUAAACCCACCUUAUGAUCAGCUGUGCUCUUCUCAGUCAAUGGAAUAUACCCCUGAGUGGUUUCCCUUCCUUUGUGUACAGUCAUCUCUUGACAACACACCAUUUCUUGGCUAUUUUUAUCAUGGCUCUACUUCUACACCCAAAGUUUAUUCAUUUAAGAUCCCUCUACAAACUUCUCCUGGGAAACCUUUCACUGGUUACAGAGAAGGAGAUCCAAUUAUAACAGAAGAAGAUGAGUAUUUUACUGUUCCCCAGCAAUCCAUGGCUGGACAGUGUGUUGGGAAUGCUCCCGUGGCCUAUCUCCAAAACUUCGAUGUCAAGUGCCUGACCAAUUUGGAGUCUUACAAGGAAGGCCUGCCCCAUGAUGUGAGGAUAAACACUGGCACUGCAGACUUCAUCCAACAAAAUGUUUUCUACAGAGCCAUCACUGACAGGGGCAAAUUCAUCACUGAAAGUGAAAACCUUGCUGCUGAGGUACUGUGUCAGAAUGUAACUUUUGCAGAACAUUAUAAAUUCAUUUGGAAAGACAAGAACAUUGAGCAAGUAAAUGUCACUGUCUUCUUUGGAAGCUUAUGUGAUGGAGAAAUCCUGACACAGAGAUUCACAGUCGAAUUUCUAAGUUUAAACAGUACUAAUGGAGAGGAACUGUUUGAGAAUCCAGGGUAUCAAGUUGGAAAUCCACUGAAAGCUGCAAAUCUGAAUGCUUCUGAUCCUCUUGGAAGCAUAGACAUUUGGCAGCCAGCUGGCAGAGGUUUAUGUGCAUCAACAACUGACAGACCAGUUCUGUUUGGAGUAGACUCAUACUCUGGGUGCAUUCUAGAAGUUGAUAUUAAUGAAGAUUGCAGCCUUUUAAGAGGAAAUGUGACUGAGAAAUUGAAUGCAUUAAUACAAGCUACUCACAUUGGAAAGAGGGACAAUUCCAAUUACAGUGAUCUAAAUGACUGGGUGGAAAUUAUACGUCUUGAUCCAUUUAGUUCUAAUGUGAGCACUGGAGGCUUAAAAGGUUUUUGUCCAGAUAUUCCUGCAAACCUAAAUAUUCGCAUAAUCUUUGCUAAAGUGGGAGCAGUGCAAGGGAUUCCCCAGCAGGAAAUUCUUGCUGUGCAGAUCAGUUACUCAACAGUCUUAUGGCAGUUCCAGUGUGGGCUUGGCUGCAGAAACACCCUCAGCUUUCUUCCCAUCACAGCUUCUGUUCAGUUCAUUGAAGUCCCAGCACAACCACCUCCUCCAGUGACCAGGUAUCAGAAGAUUUAUGCAGAGUUUGACUGCAAUCAGAAUGAGGUGUGCUGGCCACAACUCCUUUAUCCACUGACACGCUUUUACACAGGAGAACCAUAUUCCCAGAGUCUUGCGAAAGGCCUGUUUCUGGCAUUUCUUGUUUUACUUGCAACAAUUAUGAGCAACCCUUGGUUUUCUAAAUUAUGGAACAGAUAGGUAAAAAUUAUGGAGAAACAUUCUUGGAUUUUGUAGAGUAUUUAUGUAAACUUUGAAAGAUACAUAAAAUCAGUACUUCUACAGCAUACAGAAAAUGGCUGCUACUUAAAAUAAAAAGUAAUAAAUUAUCUUUAAUCUCUA